GGUUGACUAAGCAGAGCUCUUGAAAACCUACAAGCACCUGUGAAGAAAUCCAAAGAUGAAACUUCUAAGCCUGUCAACCACUAUAUUACUGGUGUUCUUUCAGAAACAUACAGUAGGUAAACCUUUCCAGGGAAUCAAAGAAAACAGUGACAUAGGAGAAAGGGAUUUGCAUCAUGAUGAUGUAGUCUACAGAAAAAGAAUCCAGCGCAGUGCCAUGAGAUGCAGUGGGAAGUGCUAUUGGCCUCGAUCACCAGAUGGACUGGUCAGCAUUCCAGUUGAAAUCUCUACAGUGUUUUCUAUGGAACAGAGGCUUGUGAUAGUGGAAGCUAUGCAAGAAUUUGUCACACUGACAUGCAUCCGGUUUAUCAACCACACAACAGAACAUGACUACAUAAACAUUAUCACUGGAAAUACAUGUUGGUCUUACUUUGGAAAAAUUGGAGGCAGACAGCAUUUGGGUUUGGCAAAAUAUGGCUGUAUAUACAAAGGAUUAAUUCAGCAUGAACUCAAUCAUGCACUGGGUUUCCUACACGAACAUGCUCGAAGUGACCGAGAUAAGUAUGUUAAAAUCAACUGGGAGUAUGUUGUAGCAGGAGAAUGGGGGAAUUUUGAGAAAGUGAACUCCACCAAUCUGGAUCUCCCCUAUGACUAUGAUUCAGUGAUGCACUAUGGCCUGUAUGAUUUUUCUAAUACUGCUGGAAAGCCAACCAUUGUCCCCAUCCCUAAUGCAUCAGUACCAAUUGGUCAGAGAGUUGGGCUGAGCAAUCUUGAUGUGAAAAAAAUAAACAAGCUCUAUAGCUGCAAUGCCUGUAGCACCGUGCUACAUAAGCCAAGUGGCAGUUUCUCUUCUGAAAAUUACCCACAAUCAUACCCUAACAAUAUCAUAUGCCUAUGGCUGAUACGAAUUCCAGAAGAAAAGGUCUUUCUGAAUUUUCAUGUUUUUGAUCUGCAGUCAUCCCCAAACUGUUCCUCUGACUAUGUUCGCAUUUACGAUGGGAUCAGUAGAAAUGCCCAUGUUCUCAUUGAUAGAUUUUGUGGGAUAGGGCAACUGCCUGCAGUUAUGGCUUCUGGAAGCACAAUGCUUGUGGAAUUUGUGAGUGAUGAGGAUACUACAGCAACAGGUUUCAGAGCCUCCUAUACCCAUGUGAAAUGUGGAGGAACAUUCAUCAACACUUCUGGAGCAGUCACUUCCCCAGAAUUUCCUGGAAGAUACCCACCAAACCAAGCUUGUCGAUGGAUUAUCAGUGCUCCAGCAGGAAGCAGGAUAUUCCUAAGAACAGCUUUCUUUGAACUGGAAGAUAUCUUUGGAUGCAGAUAUGACAGACUUAUCCUUCGUGAUGGUGGCCAAAAUCACUCUCCACUUGUGGGCAUUUUCUGUGGAAAGAUGAAAAUCCCAUCUUUCAUUUCUAGUGGGAAUUUUCUGCGUAUAGAAUUUUAUGCUGAUUUCGCAUUUGAAUUUUCUGGAUUCAGACUGGACUACUCAAUCAGUUAAGUACUGUUGCUAAUG